ACUUUAGUUAGCACAUUGUUCAUGCUACAACCCAUCAUUCCUUUCUCUUUCCUCUUCCUUCACUGCAAACACCAUUAUUCUAUUUUGUUGCAUCUGAGGGGUGAUGGUAUCACUGUUGAUGACUUCAGUUUUGCCCCUUCUUCUCAGAACUACCAUUUUCCUUUUCUCAGAAUCUUUCUUUGAUGGACAAGGCAGCUGCUGAACUUCAACGUGAGGCAGCAGAUCCUUCUACUCUUCGUCACCAUCAUCAGUGUUGUGCUGGAAAUGGGAUUGGUGACAGUACCUCCUUGAUUCUAGAGUCCAGAAGACCACGUCUCUCCUCUCUGCAAAUACCAGCAAGGUCAGUGGAAAAUGCAUUAUCCUCUUUCACAAAGACAGAUGGUCCUACAUUGAUAUCAAGUCCAGGUUCCAGUAGAGGACUUCCCCCAAGGCCAAAUUCAGCCAGAGUCAAGUCCACUAUGAAAAGUUUGCUCUCUGAGAGGAGCUUUAGGGCUAAGAAUGGUUCACAAGAUAGUGAAAGGACAGUUCUCAUUGUUCCUGAUAACUUACCGUCAGAUUGUCCUGUGGACAAGCCUUCAACAUCUAAGCCUUCAACUUCAAGGUCUCUUUCUCUUAACAAGAUUCUGUAUGCUUCAUCAACCAAAGCCACACAUUCAUUGCCAGUUACUCCAACUGCAAAUUCAGGUGCAGAGAUUGUACAAGGAAGACAUCCAGGGUGUGAUUCUGAUUUAAGUAAAAUGGAAGUAAAUCAGCACAUUACUCGAUCGGUUUCCGUUCCUGUUAAUAUCAAAGCCGCUAAUUUAAGACGUACAGAUUCUAGAAGGUUGGUUCGUGUAAUUUCGGCAAGAUCACUUCUAACAACUGGUGAAGGCAUCUCAACUCAGAAUGCUUCCGGUUCAGAGAUUGUUGUUGAAGAUACUUCUGAGGAUAUUCCAGAGGAAGAUGCAGUUUGUAGGAUUUGUUUGGUAGAGCUUGCAGAAGGAGGUAAUACUCUUAGGAUGGAAUGCAGUUGUAAAGGUGAGCUUGCACUUGCUCACCAAGACUGUGCAGUAAAGUGGUUUAGUAUCAAAGGAAACAAAACCUGUGAUGUCUGCAAGCAAGAAGUCCUUAACCUCCCCGUAACACUGUUGAAAAUUUCUAAUCCUCAAACUGUUUCUCCACAGCCAAUGAAUGCACCACGAUCCCAGCAGAGAGAGGUGACUUCUUAUAGGAUAUGGCAGGAUUUAUCAGUACUUAUCUUGGUCAGCAUGCUUGCAUACUUUUGUUUUCUUGAGGAACUACUGGUUUCAGAUAUGGGCACUCAUGCUCUUGCUAUUUCAUUGCCUUUCUCCUGUGUUUUGGGACUCCUUUCAUCUAUGAUUGCUUCAACAAUGGUGAACGGUAGUUACAUGUGGGCCUAUGCUUGCUUCCAGUUUGCAAUUGUCAUCCUGUUUGCUCAUGUGUUUUAUACCAUACUUAAUGUUAAUGCCAUUCUCUCAGUUCUUCUCUCCUCAUUCACUGGAUUUGGGAUUUCAAUCAGCUUGAAUACUCUGGUAACGGAAUAUGUUAGAUGGAGAAUGAGAAGAUUGAUUCAAUCUUCUACGACACAGCAACUGCGUCGUGAUCAUGCACACCAACAACAAGAACAUCAAAGAUUGCAUCCUCAACUGUAAAGGCCGCAGCAUGAGCAGCACCAAUGACAGUAUCCUUUGAAAAUGUGGAGAUUUGUUUGCUUAUAGUUUAGAAGCUAUCAAGAUUUGGCUUUUCCACUUUCGUGUGGAGCAAAAUAUAUGAAUGAAUCUAUCAUGAGCAGAAUAUUUUAUAAACUGCGAAGAAUAGAACGUUUUUGUUUUGGGUAUAACUUGAAAGGGUGGUGGGAGCUUUCUAUGCUUACCAUAGAUGUUAUGUUUUUUUAUCAUUACUUUCAUGCUUCAAGAUUUGUACGGAACUAAUUUGAAGAUAUGGCUAUUUCUUGGACGGGCAA